UCUCCUCGGAAGUCUUCCCGGUUGAGUGCCAGAGGGACUCACUCCCAGGCAAGCCCGACCUCUGAGGCUGGGAGAGCAAAGCCAAGGGGGAAAGGGACGCAGACGAGCCAGCUGGGAGGCGAUGCCACCGGCAGAAGGCAGGGAAGGCGAAAAGAGAUGCUUCGGAGGCGGCUGCAAAGCUGCCGGCGUCUCUAUGGAGCAAGGUCCCCAUCCCCAGGUCCUUCUCUGGAGGUCCAACUUGAAGGUCUCGGGUGGCAAGAGCCUGGGUCUCUCACUGUGGGCACCUCUGACCUGGGAUGUACAAGGAAUGUGAUCCACUAUGCUAAUGCUCAGGUUCCUCAACGUGGUGGCGCCUGCUUAUUUCCUGUGCAUCUCCUUAGUGACCUUCGGCCUCCAGCUCUUUCUUUUCAUCCCCAGCAUGUUCCAAGACCCCUCGGCUGCCCCACUUUGCUCCUCUGCCCUCCUGCAUGGGGCCCUCUUCCUCUUCCUCUCUGCCAAUGCUGUGGGCAACUACAUCCUGGUGAUACAGAACUCCCCCGAGGACCUGGGCACUAAGGAGGACCCAGGGUUGGCCUCUGGAGGAGCAGGUGAUGGAGGCAAGGUGGUGCCCCCUGAGCAGGAAGAGGAUGGGAAUGGGCACCCUGGCUCAGUCUUGCCUGGCACUCACUUCUGCAGACUGUGCGCCCGGGUCACCCGAAGGCAUGACCACCACUGUUUCUUCACAGGGAACUGCAUUGGGAGUGGGAAUAUGAGGAACUUUGUCAUGUUCUGUCUGUAUACGUCUUUGGCUUGUCUUGAUUCCCUGGUGGCCGGGGUGGCUUAUAUUUCUACAGUGCUCUCCACCUCCUUUGCCAGCCCACUGGCUUUCCUCACCCUUCUGCCUCACUCCAUCAGCCAGUUCUUCUCAGGCGCUCUUCUCAGCUCGGAAAUGUUUGUCAUCCUCAUGCUUUACCUCUGGCUGGGGAUUGGACUUGCUUGCGCUGGCUUCUGUUGCCACCAAAUGCUGCUGAUCCUGAGAGGGCAAACCAGGUACCAGGUGCGGAAAGGGAUGGCGGCACGAGCUAGGCCCUGGAAAAAAAACCUGGAGGAUGUCUUUGGGAAAAGGUGGCUGCUGGGACUUCUCAUCCCCAUGCUCAAUGUUGGAAGUGACUACCAGAGGCAGAAGGAGAAGUGAGGCCUCGCCCUCCCAGUGCAAGUGGAUGUGCACAUGCGGGCGUACACACAGGCCCACACACAGCUACGUGCACAGAUGCCCUUGCUGUGCUGGAAGGCAGCCCUCUGGGCUGCUAGCUCCUUUCCCUCAUUCCUCAGCCUUGCCACCUAUAACAAGAGAAGUGACUCUCAAGCUUAACAGGGCUAACUCUGUGUUCUAGAAGGGGAGAGGUGGAGAACAAUCACAAGAGACAAAGGGAAAGCUAUGGCAGCAAAUCAGUGAGGUAGAGGAACCAAGGCUUCCUGGAUGUGAGUGUCAGGGCUUUUUCAUGGACAGGGUAAGUGACACCAUCUGCCAUUACCUGCACACUUCCUUGUUCCCUCUGAGCAAUCCUCAGAGUAUCAUUGGGGUGUGGGUAGAUUUUUUCCACGGAUAAUCUCGUUAUGAAUUAUCCCUGAUGGAACACAAAAUGUCUGGUGCACCAUAGGUUUGAAUAGGUAAUUAAGAUCCAUUUGUUUUACAAAAGACCAGUUUCUGGUGAAGAUCUUGCCAUUUGGCAUAUGAAUCAAUAUAGCUGCCUGCCCUUUUCUUUUCUAUUUUUGAGGCGUGGGUGGGAUGAUUCUUCUUGCAGACAUGGUUACUGAUGCGUGUCUGACUUCAAAAGGUCCCACUGCACCAAUGGUGCUAAUAAUUAGGUUGUUAAAUAUAGGCAUCAGACCUGCCCUUGGGCCUAUGGAUCAUUUUAUCACUAUACCUUCCUGUUUUCUCCCUCAGUUUCCUCCAACCUUGCCUUUCCUGCUUCAUGUUCAGUAGGAAUAGCAACAGCAGAACCUUCUGCCAUCUAAAAAGUAGACUGUGUUGUCGUGAGUAGGCUGUAAGCACAGCAUAGAUGUCCUGUGGGAUUUGCUCAAUAUGAGAGCUGAAGCUGUUUUCUCCCAGUUUAAAAAACUGACCCCAAUAGACAAAGAAUGCCAUUUUCUCAAAAAGAAUAUAGUGUGGUCACUUAAGUAUUUUCAGGCACAAGGAUUGCAAGAUGCUAGAGAGGCAGAUGGAGUUCACAAAUGGAAAGCACUUAGCUGCUCUCUUCCCCAUCACCUCCUUCCACUCCAGGGUGCAGGAAUAGAAUUUAUCUUCUGAUUGCAUGGCAUGUCA